AUGGGUUUCACCGACUUCGUUUCCGAUGCUGGCCUCACCUUGCUCAACAACUGGGCGAAGAAUCACACCUACAUUGCCGGCUACACCCCCUCUCAAGCCGAUGUCGUCUGCUUCAAGCAGGUCAAGGAGGAGCCCGCCGUCGAGAAGUACCCUCAUGCCUACAGAUGGUACCGCCAUGUCGCCUCCUACACCGAUGAGUUCGGCACUCUGCCUGGCGACUCUUCCAAGCCUGUCUCCACCUACGGUCCCGAGGCUGUAGCCGUCACUCAGAACCCCAAGGACGCGCCCGAGGAUGAUGACGACGAGGUCGAUCUCUUCGGCUCUGAUGAGGAGGAGGAAGACCCAGAUGUCGUCGCUGAGCGCGAGAAGAACUUGGCUGCGUACAAGGCUAAGAAGGCGCUGAAAGAAAAGCCAGCCGCCAAAUCCAUCGUCACCAUGGACGUCAAGCCCUGGGACGACGAGACUGACAUGGACGAGCUCAUCGCCAACGUCAAGGCUAUCGAGAUGGACGGUCUGGUUUGGGGUGGUCACAAGCUGGUCGCUGUUGGCUACGGUAUCAAGAAGCUGCAGAUCAACUUGGUCGUCGAGGAUGAGAAGGUGUCUAUUGAUGAUUUGCAGGCUAAGAUUGAGGAGGAUGAGGACCAUGUCCAGUCCACCGACGUCGCGGCUAUGCAGAAGUUGUAG